GGAAGUGCGUUACCAUCGCGUCUAACUUUGUCAUUGUUACUAUACGUUAGUUUUUGUGUCAUGACUUUGGCUCCGAGUUGUGUUUUCAAACUCCAUUAUGCGGCGUUACAUUCGUGCACUUGUUUUGUGCAUGGUGUUUGCCGUGUUCUCGGGCUUGUAUGUUUACAGUAAGUUGUUUUACUCAGACGUGCCCAUCGGAGGAAACGGCACGAAGAAGGGUUUCAACACACAACUGAGAGUCCCCGGUGGCAGACGAGGGUCCGCGGAGAAAACUGGGCCCAGAAGCCCACAUUGGUACAAUAGGUACAUCAUGCGUCAGCGGGGUCAGGUGGAGGCUGGUGGUGGCAGACCUGAUCCUCCAAUGCACCUGGCCGUCGUGGCCUGUGGAGAGAGGCUGGAGGAGACUCUCACUAUGAUCAAGUCUGCUGUGCUUUUCAGCAUCAAACGACUCUCCCUGCACAUCUUUGCUGAGGAUCAACUGCACGCCAGUUUCAUUGAAGCACUGGAGUCGUGGCCUGAUUUUAUCCGCUCCAGAUUCAACUACACGGUCUAUUCCAUCAGCUUCCCCAGUGAGAAUGCAGCAGAGUGGAAGAAACUCUUCAAACCGUGUGCUUCUCAGAGGCUCUUCUUACCACUCAUCCUCAAGGACGUGGACUCCAUUGUGUAUGUGGAUUCUGACAUCCUGUUCCUGCAGCCCGUAGACCACCUCUGGGCUUUCCUGUCCCAGUUCAACUCCUCCCAGCUGGCUGCCAUGGCGCCAGAGCACGAGGAGCCCCGUAUCGCCUGGUACAACCGCUUUGCCCGUCACCCCUUCUACGGCAGGACCGGAAUCAACUCAGGAGUCAUGCUCAUGAACAUGACGAGGAUGAGGAACAUGUUUUUUAAGAAUGAUAUGACGGCUGUGGGUCUGCGUUGGGAGGAGCUGCUGAUGCCUCUACUUCAGAAAUAUAAACUCAACAUAACCUGGGGAGACCAGGACCUUCUUAAUAUCAUUUUCCACCACAACCCUGAGUGCUUGUUGGAGUUUCCUUGUCAGUGGAAUUACCGUCCAGAUCACUGCAUUUAUGGCAGCAACUGUGCGUCAGCCGAAGAAGACGGCAUCAACAUUCUGCAUGGGAACAGAGGGGUUUACCACGACAACAAACAGCCGGCCUUCAGGGCGGUUUACGAAGCCAUACGAAAGUACUCUUUCGGGGCAGACCCAGUGACGUCUUUGCUGGAACCUCUUGAAGAAGAACUCAUAAAGACGACGCACACUUACUGCGGUAAAUCCUACCCGCUCUUCACGAAGAGACUGGCACACAGCCUGGCAAAUGUCAACAGAAAGGCCCCUCGUGGACGGUGACAAAAAGGAAACACCAUGAUUGGAAAGAGGCCAAAAAGGAGGGACUUGUAUUUGGCUGAACAGCUGUGAAAAAGCUGAGAAAGACAGUUGGAGUUGUCUCAGACUGAGACUAAUAACCACUUGAAUCCUCUUACUUGCUCUGGAUAAGAGCGUGAUGUAAACGUCUGAAAUCUACAGUUAAUGCUGCAAAAGCCUUGCUGCAAAGUACUGAUUUAAGUUGUGAAAAAUAAUGACUGCAGAUGUACACAUGGAUUUUUUUUUUAUUCUCCUGUGUUUUUAACCUCAGACUUUCACAGCAGUGUAACUAACAAGCAUCUUUCCUCUUCCUUGAAAUUAUUCACUCCAGUCAGAUCUAUAAAAGUUUGGAAGAGCGGCUCUUGUCUUUCCAUAUUGGAGAAUAUAUAUUGAAUCUUAUUUUUAAAAAAGCUCUUAUUAAAAGAGACUAAAUCACAUCAGAACUGGACAAAGGCUUUUAGCAGGGCCUGUUUGACAGAUGCAUGCACUGGACCACUUUUUCAACCAUCAGAAACACUCCAUUAAAACUAUUACAAGUCAUUCAGAGAAUAUAAUAUGCAGAUUUUAGUCUUACGUGACAGUACUCCAAACUGUUGCUGGAAUAUUGUUCUAUAUGUGUGAAUUUUUACAGUGGCAGGGGUUGAUCAUAUGUAACCUCUAUCACAGGUGUGUCUUUUAAUGCUACAGUAUCUGUUACACAGGUUAUCAUGACCUGAAUUGAAAAAAGCUUAAACAGGGUGACUCAAGAAAAAGUUGUUUUUAUGUUGAAUAAUGUCUGAACAUGUAAAUAAGCUACAAGUUCUGCUAAUGCCAAAGUAUUUUUUCAUUACUUAAAUGAUGGGUUUUGAAAUGUUGAAUGUAUUGUGAAUACUUAGAUGUAAAAUCAAAAUGUUAUCUGUGUUUGUGUCAGUGUGGUUGUGAUGUAAGGACGUGUUGAGUUGUUUGUGUGUGUUGGAAUUGCAGUGGGAUGUUUUUUUUUACAUUAAAAAUAAUUUCUUUGUUUUUGG